GAAGAAUAAAAACAGAAAUUUAAUAAUUAUAUUAAUUUGCAUUAUUGUACGUCCAAUUUUUAUCGUAGGACGUUUAUCACAGACCGUCAAUAAUCCUGGAUAUUUUAAUAUUGGCGGUAUGCUUUCCAAUUCAGAAUAUGAAGCUUUCUUUAAUGAAACAAUAGAUAAUUUAAAUUUUGAUUCACAAUAUGUCAAUAAAGGAGUCACAUAUGGACAUGUUGUUAUUGAAAUGGAUUCGAAUCCAAUUAGAACUGUUUUAAAUGUAUGUAAAUUUCUCAUUGCAAAUAGAGUAUACGCUAUUAUAAUAUCGCAUCCACCUAUUGGAGAGUUAUCAUCUGCUGCAGUAUCUUAUACAAGUGGAUUUUAUCAUAUUCCUGUAAUUGGUAUAUCUUCAAGGGAUUCAGCCUUUUCUGAUAAGAAUAUUCAUGUUUCAUUUCUGCGAACUGUACCACCAUAUUCUCAUCAAGCAGAUGUAUGGCUGGAACUAUUAAGAUAUUUUAAUUAUAUGAAAGUUAUAUUCAUACAUAGCUCAGAUACUGAUGGAAGAAGUUUACUUGGACGGUUUCAGACAACAUCUCAAAUCCUUGAAGAUGAUAUGGAAAUUAAAAUACAGGUCGAAUAUGUUAUUGAAUUUGAACCAGGACUUCAAAAUUUCAAAGAUCAAUUACUAGAAUUAAAAAAUGCUCAAUCAAGAGUUUAUUUAAUGUAUGCAUCAUACGUUUUAGUAUCGGCUUUGCGGCAAAUGAAUGAAACUGAAAGUAUAACAGAAGCACCUCAUGACUGUGACAAUUCCGGUUCUAUUUGGGAAACAGGAAAAAAGCUUUUUGAAUAUAUUCGGCAGCAAAGUAUAAAUAAUGGUGCUACAGGACGAAUAGCUUUUGAUGAUAAUGGAGAUCGUAUGUAUGCUGAAUAUGAUAUAAUAAAUGUUAAAUCAAAUAAUAUAAUUAAAUCUGUUGGUCGAUAUUUUUAUUCUUCGGAAAUUAGUAAAAUGAAAUUAGCUAUCAAUGACUCGAUUAUUACAUGGCCAGGAAAAAUAAAAAGUAAACCUGAAGGUUUUCUUAUUCCAACGCACUUAAAGGUACUAACAGUUGAGGAAAAACCAUUCGUUUAUGUAAGAAAAUCUGCAGAAUAUAAAUGUUUUUCUGAUGAAAUACUGUGUCCAAGUUAUGGUAAAUCCAUAAAAAAUGAUGUUGCCACAGAGAUUAACUGCUGCAAAGGAUAUUGCGUAGAUUUAUUAAAAGAAUUAGCUAAGACAAUUAAUUUCACAUACAGUUUAUCACUUUCUCCAGAUGGACAAUUUGGAAGCUAUAUUUAUAAAAGUAAUAAUACCAAUAGAAAAGAAUGGAAUGGUCUUAUUGGAGAAAUUGUUUAUGAACGGGCAGAUAUGAUAGUUGCUCCAUUAACUAUAAAUCCAGAACGCGCAGAGUUUAUCGAAUUUAGUAAACCAUUUAAAUAUCAAGGUAUAACAAUUCUUGAAAAAAAGCCUUCCCGAUCUUCAACGUUGGUGUCUUUUUUACAACCAUUCAGUAAUACAUUAUGGAUUUUAGUUAUGGUAUCUGUACAUGUUGUUGCUCUAGUUUUAUAUUUAUUAGAUCGUUUUUCACCAUUCGGUAGAUUUAAACUUUCAAAUGCAGAUGGCACUGAAGAAGAUGCUCUUAAUCUGUCAAGUGCAAUUUGGUUUGCAUGGGGAGUUUUACUCAACAGUGGAAUAGGAGAAGGUACACCUCGAAGUUUUUCUGCUCGAGUUUUAGGGAUGGUAUGGGCUGGAUUUGCAAUGAUUAUUGUUGCAUCGUAUACAGCUAAUUUAGCUGCUUUUCUUGUAUUAGAAAGACCAAAAACUAAACUAACCGGUAUAAAUGAUGCAAGGUUAAGAAAUACAAUGGAAAAUCUAACGUGUGCUACCGUAAGAGGAUCUGCUGUAGAUAUGUAUUUUCGAAGACAAGUAGAAUUAUCAAAUAUGUAUCGAACAAUGGAAGCAAAUAAUUAUAAUACUGCGGAAGAAGCUAUUCGAGAUGUUAAAAUAGGAAAAUUAAUGGCUUUCAUAUGGGACAGUUCCAGAUUAGAAUUUGAAGCAGCUCAAGAUUGUGAAUUAGUAACAGCUGGUGAACUUUUUGGUAGGUCAGGUUAUGGAAUUGGAAUGCAGAAGCGAUCUCCGUGGGCAGAUGCAGUCACGUUGGCCGUGUUGGAUUUUCAUGAAAGUGGAUUCAUGGAAAGUUUAGAUAAUUAUUGGAUUUUACAAGGAAACCUACAACAAUGUGAACAAUUUGAGAAAACCCCUAAUACUUUAGGAUUGAAAAAUAUGGCUGGAGUAUUUAUUUUGGUAGGAGCCGGAAUAAUCGGUGGUAUUAUGCUUAUAAUUAUUGAAAUGGCUUAUAAGAAACAUCAAAUUAGGAAACAAAAACAAAUAGAAUUAGCAAGACACGCUGCUGAUAAAUGGAGAGGAACAGUAGAGAUGCGGAAAAAUAUGAGAUCAUCUUCUAAUUCAAGAUGCAUUCAUAGUAAUGGAAUAAGCGAUACGGCUACGGUCAGUUUAGCAGUUGAUUCUGUUCAAAAGUCAGUAGAAAGUAAUCGUAGUCCAGGAAGAGCUUGGCCAGGAGAUGACAUGAGACACUUGGAACUUAUAGUCAGAAAGUUCUAA